CCCUGCCAGCGCCGAAGCGAGCGGAGCCGCGCGAGCCCGGCGGCCUUUGAGGGAGCCAGCGCCCGCCCGGGCGGCCAGUCCGGCGGGGCGCGGCGGCGCUCGGGGGAAACCGGCCAGGCCCGCGGAGCCGGGAGGGUAGCGCAGGGUAGGGCGAAGGCGAGGCAGCCCGGGAGAGAGGCCCGAGCCGCCCCGGUGCCUUCUUUGCCCCAUUGGCAGCCACCGGGCGCUCGGGGCCGCGAGGCGCGGAGCCGUGAGCGAGCGCGCAGGAGGCGGUGGAGCCUAGCGGAGGCUGCGCGCCCCGUGUGCCCGGCCGGGCCCGCCGCGCCUCCUCCAUCGCCUCCCUGGUGCCUCGCUCACCCCCUCUGCUUUCCUUUGCUUCUUCUGCUCAGCCCCGCCGUGCCGAGAUCCCUAGACCUCGUGCGUUCAUCUCGGCAGUGCUGGACACCGGUCCCCCAGACCACCGCCGCCUCCCCUCCCCCGGGACUCGAAGGAAUCCGGACUUUCCUCAUCGUGGAUCGAGCCGACUGCCGGCUAGGCUGAGCGGAUUCUCCGGCCGCUCCGGACGCCGCCCGGGCCGGAGCACGGACAUUCUGGGUCCUGACUGAGUGCACCCCGGACGCCUGUCAGUGCCUGCUCGGAAAGGGCAAGGCAAGCCAGGGGCAGGACAGACCCCGGAGGGGCCCCAGACCCGCCGAACUGGACUGGACAGAGAGAAUCGAGAACCCUGCGGAGCCCGGGGAAUGCCGGGCGUGGGCUGAGGGGAUCCCGGCGCCCUCCCCAGCCCUCCGACUUUGGCUCAGUCGCCCGGACCGGACCGGCGUCGCCUCGGCCCGGGUCACCUGUGGCCUCGGGGCCCCUGAGCCCACCGGACCCUUGCAACCCGUAGCCUGGCGGGCGUGGUGGGAGAUUUUUCCUGCCCCCUUCCCCGGAGUGCAGAGGCCCCGCCCCCUCCCACCGCCCAGAUGUCUCCGGUCACAGCUCGGAGGACCUUCCUGAGGCCAGGAGCCGAAGGGUCCAGAGAGAGAAGUCCGCCCUAGGGGAGCCUUGGGGGCCCCCCAACCUCGUCUUGGGGCUCGGCCCCCGACGCUGCUUGGAGGAAAGACCGGUGCCCCCAUCCUCUGGGGCUGCCCUCCUCCAAUCCAGGUCCCUCUCCUGCGCUGUUCACAUCUGGAGCCCCCUCCACAUCUGGAAGACCCUGACAAUCGUCCCUCUGCAGGUUCAGCUGCGUCUAGAGACCUCUGCCUUUGUAACUGCCUAGGAGUUGCGAGGGGAUUGCUGCCUUCCCCCAUCCCAAGGGCAUCUCUUACCCUAGUCCUUGCAGAAUCAUCCCCCUGCCUCCACACCCAGAUUCAGGCAAAGAUCAGCUUUGUACACCACAGGCUCUUCAAGUCCUGGAAGCUGUUCUUGGGCCCUAAGGUCCCUCCCCUUGCCCUCUUGUGUCCUCACCUUGACCCCCCCCCCCCCGACUCUGUCUCCCUCUGGGUGCUCCAUCCCCCACCCAGAGGCAGAGUAGGUCGAGUGGCAGGCUGCAGGGGUUGGGUGAGGGCCGCCCAAGGCCAGGGUAGGCUGGGGGGCCGUUAAGAUGUGGAGCUCUGCCCGGCCGAGGGAGGCUCCGUGGAGGCAGGCAAAGCGUGUGCCCCGCUGGGGCGAGUAUGGGCAGGCUUGCGGCCACGUGGUGAAGGAUGAACAUUCGGGGUGCCCCAGACCUCGGGCAGCCCAGUGACAACCCCAACAGUGGUGGAGAGAGAGAGCGGAUUCGACAGCGCAUGAAGAUGGUCAUCGGGCAACUUGAAGGCAUCCUGAAGGAACUCAAAGAAGUGGCUAAGGAGCUGAGGGAGGUGGUGAGUCAGAUCGACAAGCUCACCUCUGACUUUGACUUUGAACUGGAGCCAGACGACUGGACCACGGCCACUGUGAGCAGCACCUCCAGCAGUGACAAGGCGGGUGUGGGCGGCCCCUUUGACACGGGCCACCUGGACUUCAUGACAGCCGAUAUCCUCUCAGACAGCUGGGAGUUCUGUUCCUUCCUGGACGUCUCCACCCCAUCGGACUCCGUGGAUGGCCCUGAGGCACCACGGCCAGGCGCAGGCCCUGACUACCAGCUCAUGAAUGGUGGUUUGCCCAUCCCCAACGGGCCGCGAGUGGAGACGCCAGAUUCCUCCAGCGAAGAGGCCUUCAGUGCUGGCCCUGCGAAGGGUCAGGGACCCCAGCGGACCCCAGGGACGAGGGAAAGGGUGCGGUUCAGUGACAAAGUGCUCUACCACGCUUUGUGCUGUGAUGAUGAAGAGGGCGAUGGGGAGGAGGAGGCAGAGGAGGAGGCAGGCCUGACCCCAGAGCUGCCCCACGUGGAGCCACACACAGGCCCCCUCAAGCCCUCCCCAGCCCCCCAAAAAACCAGGCGCUCUCCGUUGACUACCCGACGCCUGGGCCCCACGUUGGCUCCAGAACAGACCCGGAGGGUCACAAGGAACAGCAGCACCCAGACAGUAUCAGACAAGAGCACGCAGACAGUGCUGCCGUAUACGGCCACCAAACAGAAAACCAAGGGCAAGAACUAGGGGCUGGGGAGGGGGGAAUGCAUAGAGCUAUAAAUAUAUAUAUAUUUAAACAAACAGUCAUAAUAAAAUUCAUAAAUACUAAGGAUCCGGGCCCACAGGCCCCAAAGCCUUCAAGAAAGCUCAUAGUAAAACAAUCAGAUGUCCAGAGUUUACCCUCUCCUUCAGAUGGCAGGGUCCUAAGGGAGCUGAACCCUGCCGUGCCCACUGCAAGCCCCCAGCACCACAGAGGUCUCUGACUGCUGGCCUGGGCCGUGUCCUAGAGACAAGCUAAGGGAAGAGUAUCCCAGGGCAGGGAUAUAAGGACUUAGAACCCCCGGGUUGGCAUCACUGUGGCUAGACCCAAAAGGACUCCAUCCUCCUGCUCAGAGCUCCGUGGAGAGACAGCCCCACCUCACACCCCUCCCCCACCCCGCAUUUUAGGAUUGCCCCCAACACUGAGAGGGAUACCCCCUGCCCUGGGGGAGGCUGGCAGCCACAGAGCAAAUCUGAGAACUCAGUCCUCUCUGAUUCAGCUCCCAGUCUCAGCUCUGGAGUUCAGAAUUCUCUGAGUGGUUCCAAGGUUUGUGGAUUGUGAUGGCAGCCACCACAGAGCUGGGAACCAAGAUACAGAUGUACUUGAUCAUCCACACUAGGCAGGCGGUGGGGAGGGGGACCCAGUGUCUCCACCUGACUCCUACUUCUUCACACCCAGCCCCUUAGCUCACCUUAAUACAUCCUGAAUAACAACAGAGCUUCCUCUGCAACUGCUCCCCCCAGCAACAGCACCCAAAAGUCCUAAGGGUGAUAAUGUUAGUCACUGUUCCCUUUAUUGCAGACCACUGUGCUGAAUACACCAUCUAGCAUUAUCUUACUGCCCCACUUCUCAGAUGAGGAGGCUGAGGUUCAGAGACGUGAAAUAAGUGGCCCAAGGUCACUGAGCCUCUGCUUUCCUGCCCCCAAGAACAAAAAGUUUCCAGGCUAUGCCCGUCCCUGUUAUACAGCAGCCAUAUCACCUUGGGCAAAUCCAUUUUCCUUUUUGAACCUUUCUACUUCAGCUGUAAAAUGGAUCUGAUAGUGUUUACCACCUCCGUAGCUGACACAGGGAUCCAGUAAUUGGUGAGUGUACACACUGGAGAUAAUUUGGAGGCACUACACGCCUACUGUGGUCUGUGGGCCAGCCCACAUCUCCGAUGACUUCCAGGGUAGAGGGGCUGAGUGGAAGCCAUUUCCACGGGGUCAAGAGCCAUCCUGAAUUAAAAGUAUCACAUGGUUUUGCCCCUACAAACAACUUGAGGCCAGAAGAUGGCCGCAUCGUGACUUACCCCACCUGGAGCAGAGGGGUAAGGUUGGUUCACUGCUGAGAGUCUUGGUCCUGAGGCCUUCCUGGGACACAAUUCUGUUAAUGCAAAACACCAGGAGGGGCCUUAGAAUCUGCUAGCACCUGCUGCCCCUGCUUGGGGAGGGGCUGUGUAAUCCCAGAGUGAGGACUAACAGGCUAGUUUAGGGGGAAUACCAAAGCAUGGCUGGAGCUCUGGCAGACCUACAGUAUCACAGGAUGAAACCUGUCCCACCUGAGGUGAGGUCAGAGCCCUUCCAAGUCAGUGUGGUGCAGCCACCAGCAUCGAAGUCCAGUGGUGGCCAGCUGGGGCUAGCUCAUGCCAGUGGGCCAGCAAGGUCCUGGCCUCCCUGACUGAACAGUUCCCAUACAUCCCGUUCUCCCUCUGAGACUGGUUUUUUCCCUCAGCAGUGGUAGGACUGUUUUUCUCAUCAUUGCAACCACUGUGGAGAUGAAACCUACAGAACAGUUCUCAUUUCACAGGGGAAGAAACAGGCCCAGGGGCAGGGUCUCUGAGAGCCCCGAGUGAGAGAUUUUUUUCCCCUUCUUAAAUCCCUCCUCUGACCCACGUUCAUAUGACUACGUUAGGUCACAGAUAACCUCAACUACUUGUGCCCAGGUGGGCGUGUAGAGUGAGUGUGUCCUGGCUUUAGAUACAGGUUCACCGUGGCGAAGGUCCAGAAAGCUUUUGGCCUGCUCACCAGAUCCGGACCUCACUGACAGAGGGAUAGGAUUGCCAAGAGCUUAAGACUUGAAACCCUGACCCUGCACACCCAGGGAGAAAAGGCAUCCUUAGAGCACACAAAGCCAUCCUGGGCCCCUCCUCCACCAGUCAGCUGUGCCUCCUGCUCCUCCCUGCCUCCAGGCCUGGCUGGUGUCUGGCUCUCUCCUGGGGAGAGGUCUGCUCCAGCAAGUAGGAUUUUGCCUGGUACCUGCUGUGUGCACUUUCUUGUGCUGUGGGUGCUCUGGACGAAGCGGGAGGGAUCCAAGCCAGAGAGGAGGCUAAGCAUGAUAAAUAACUCCAUUUAAUGAGCACAUACUACGCACUGGGAUUGUGUAAACGUGUGCCUUUUAUCAUUCCUUGCUCACAGAAAUUCCAAAGUAUGUCAUUUUAACUUGUGCCUGUUUUCCAUACUGGGAAACUGAGGUUCCGAGAAAUCAAGUCACCUACUAAAGGACAUGCAAUUUGAGUUAGGGACCCAGUAUUCAACCCCAAACGCGGCUUCUUAGCACUCAGGUAUGUGCUGGCAUAAGGAUAGACAUUAGGAGGCCCAAGAACCCUGUGAGUCUUGGAGGGUAAGAGAUGUGUUGGAAGGAGGAAGCUGAUGAACCUUCUGUUUGGGGAGAACUUGGCUGCUGUCAACCUGUAUGUCAGAGGCGCUGUCUCAGCCUGAAACUGAAUGGAUCAUAGAUUUGAUAAAUAUUUGUCAAAUGUAUUAAUGAGCCCCCCCCCCUUGCAGCAGGGACAUCCACCGUGUAUUCAUUCAGUCAGCCAACAUUGAAAAUGUUGCCAGAUCUCGUGUUGCUUGUGUGUGCAGGCAUGUACAGUCACGCACCUGCAAACACUCCCACGUUAACUCUCUCUGCCCUGUGAGAGUCUCCCCUGUGGGGUGUCUGGAAGUUGGACAGGAAUGAAGAAUGUGAAGCUUCAGCCUUGACAAGUCACAGGUGUAUGCGAGGAUGCAUAGGGGGAGAAAAUGUCAGAAGCCAGGGGAGCCAGUUUGGUGAGGAAACCAUUCAGAACCACAUCCUCAGGGCUGGAGGCUCCUCCUGCGGACACCACCUUGGUGGAUAGGCACACCACCGUGUCCUUGAGUGCCUGUGGAUAAGGAAGAUCCUUGUCUCUGUUGUCGUGGGAACAGGGAGCCAACUAUGGAGCUGGCAAGAGGUGGUUUGAAGAAACCAGGGGCAGAAAGCUGGGCACACCAUUCAGAGACAACAACAGACAGAGCCGGGCCAUGUUAACACAGGGGAAGGGGCUAGGGGUGGGAAUCCAAGAAGCAGCAGGUCUAGCCCUCCACACACCCUUUUGAAUCCCCACCUCGGUCCCCCACCUCUCCCACCUCCACCUAUUACCCAUUUCUCCUUACAGAACCGAGACUUGUGUAAGAAAACGGGCAUUUAUUGACAACCUGGUGCAUACCAGGCACCAGGCCAUGUCUGUUAACCAACACUAAAUAACAGAUCCAGUUGGGCCCUGUACAGAACAGGUUGUUCAAUACUUAUUUAUUGAGCAAAUGGAUUAACUACAACCAUCGUUUUACAGGUCAGGCAGGGAAACGAAUGAACAAAGGACCUUUCAGAGCUACAAAGCAGGAACUUGGUGUUACUAUAGUUUGUGAAACCUAUGAGAACAGUGUUUAUGGCCCUUCCUUUGGAAUGGGGUACCCCUGGGUACCUAGAAAAGGGGAUGACGGUCAUUUGGGGCUGCUGGGACUUGAAAACAAAGAUGGCUGGAGUGACCACAUGCUAGGUAACAGAGUAAGGUCUUACUGAAACAGAGAGUAAAUGUUGGAGCAAAAAUGGGGCAAAAUGCAAAAGCUGAAGGGCACAAAAUGGAAAAACUGUUAGGAACUUCAGACCUCCCAAGCUCUCACCGUUCCUCUCCAUCCUCUUGGCAAGGGUUCAGGCAGGGAGGGAGAGCAUCUGCCUAGUCUGAGAUGGAGAGGCCAUCUUUAAGACAAGUGUCCAGAAGACUAUCGUGAUAGUCAGGAUUCAUUCAAUGCAUAAAUGAAAACGGCACAGUUAGUGCCUUGGAAUUGUGGGUAUACCAAAGCCCUGGAAAACCACUGCAUUCUAUCUUUCUGCCCCACAGGCCAGCUAGGCAGGAUGCUGAGCUGUGUUCUUUUGAUACACAUGAGCCAGCUGGGAUUUUCAUGGGGCCUGACUCCGCCCACCUGCCUGUCCUGCACCUCAGCCACCAUUCCAUUUACCUCUCCUCCUUCUCUGGUCCCCAGUGAGGAGGUGGUGGGGUCUUGGUUGACCUCAGGCCAACACUGCUUAAGGCCUGGGCCCCAUGCUGAUCGGAUCUGACUCCCUGCCAGGAAAAUUUAAGCUCACAUACCUGCCUGAAGCUCUGCUGUCACUCCUGGCUCUGCUGGGACCUGCAAGGGUCAGGAGUUCUGUGCUCACCUUGCGACAGGGACUCACCAUCGGUCCUUCCUGCAGUCCUCUCAGACGUGUCACAGAAACCCAAUCUCAAGGGCUGCUCCGCCACCUUCUGCUUCCCAGAAGACAGGGCAGAUGGGGCUCAGGACAAGGUACAACCCAUGGAAGAGGUUUGGACGGAGGUCUGGGGCCUGGUGCCUUUUGGUUCUUUCUCAUUUCAUUUUUUAAAAAAAUUUAUUGACAUGUUAAUCAUGCAUAAUAGUGGGUUCCAUUAUGACAUUGUACACAUAUAUAAAGU